AUGAGGCCGCAGAAACUCCCACCUAUCGCUGAGAAUAUUCGCCUUGAGAUAAAGGAAAAGAUCCCGGAAUUAUCAAAGCACACAGUUGAGAAACCUGCGGAAAUCCUCAAAAUCGAUGAGGAUGGUAAUAAAACAUAUGGAGGUGAUGUACUUGCAAAACAAAUUUCUCUACUUUCAGGGCAGCUGCCCAUCUCAGAUCCAGAAAACUGGGGCUACUGCUUGCUAUAUUUUGCAGUCCCCACAAUUGUUACAAACAAACGAGAGAGAGGAUUUUUUAUUCCACUUUCCGAGAAGACACUACGCGGCGCAGUGCCGGAAGAGGGAAUAUCGCAAGAGGGGUUUUACUUUUACUUUGAAUCUAAACCCCAAUUGCAGGUUAAUUCGAAAACAGGAGCUAUAUACGUUGUACCGAGAUGA